CGCAUUUAUGGAUCAGAAUGGCCAUUGGUAUCUAGCUAAGCGUCUCAUACUUCUCCUCCUCCUAUAUAAACGGAACCAAAACCCACCAAUUUCCCAACGCACCCAAAACCCAUCAAUUUCAGUUCAGCGAAUUCCAGAAGCAUUUAGUACAACUCAUGGCCUCGUCAUCAUCAUCACCUUCCUUUUCCUCAUCUUUCCUGCCACGUAGUAGGCCUUCUUCGACGAGAAGACGUACGAAGCAGAGAGCUCCAACAUUAAUAUCAAUGGCGUCUGCACCCAGUAACGAAGCUCACGACCCGAAUUUCUACCGGAACGGCCGGCGGGGGUUGGUGGACGAGAACCUGAUCGUGCUGAGGAAGAGACUCCACGAGAUGAAGAUGAUGGAGAGGAACUACGAGCCGCCGUCAGAUUGGAUGGAGUGGGAGAAGAAUUGCUAUGCGGGAUACGACGAGUUUGUGUGUGAAGCAAUGGGGUUUCUGCAGGCCAAGCUGAUGGACACAAGGCCGUGUUUGGCCCUGGGAAUGGUGGCGCUCGUUGGUCUCAGCGUGCCGGCUUCAAUUGGCCUGCUUUUGUUUCAUUUGAUGGAGAUGAGCAGGGAAGUUUUAGCUGCUGUUCAUCUCAUCACUUAGAUAUAUAUAUAUAUAUAUUAGAAAGAAAAAAAAGAAGAAGAAAUUGAUUGAAAUUUUUAAUUUUGUAAAUAUUUAGUUGUAAGGGACAACUUUAAUUUGUAGUAUUCAGCUGUUUGGUGUGAAUUUUGAUCCAUUAAUUAAUUAGUGAAAGUAUAUAUAUAUAUAUACAUACAUACAUCGUGAA